AUGGGCAGUCCGGAUGCACGUCCUGCUGGUGAGGCUCCUGCGAGCAUAUGUUCCUUCGCUGUCCAACCCUCACACGCCCCUCAGGUCCUCAUGGUCCAAGCCCAGUCUGAGGCGGCCAGCAUGGGGAUCAUCCUGCCCCUUCUGCAUGAUAUCCCUGUCCUGGCCCAAGUGGAAAUACACUUUGCGACAGCUCGCACUAUAGAAGGUGGUCGUCGGAUGAUACCUCAGAUUGCGGACCACCUUCCUGCUGUCAUUCCUCGUGGUUUGACUGCCCGUGUUCUAUAUGACGACCCCGCCAUCUGUGAGGACUUUGAUUUGGGCCACCCGCUGGAUGGACUCCCUUACAUUGGUGCGCGGUCGUACUGUCCCUAUUUUCCUGGAAUUAUGUUCCUCAGCUUUUUAUCGCCAUCAAGAACCUUGCACCUUCAGGUUGAGACAUUGCGCAAUGCGGCCCGCGAACUGUACGAUGUCAUGCGUGGAAUCACCGGUAGAUGCGAGUUGGCGGAUGAUACUUUGAGACGGUUGCGGAUUGUAGUCGAGGAGUUGGAAGUAGUGUUCGGGCUCGUAGCAUUUCCUCCUCCGAUAACCAGCUUCCAAUUGGUGUCAGAGUAG